UUCCUCAGAAUUGCCCGGAGCCCGCGGGGCGACGUCAUCCCCGGCUCCGCCCCCGUCCCUCCCCGAGCAAAGUAACUCUUGACUAACAGGAGCAGCCUCCGCCGAGCAUGGAGAGCUGCCGCCGCGGCCGGCCGGCGACGCGGGCGACGCUCUCGCCCCCGAGGUAGUUUGGCGGCCGCCAAGAAGGAAAAAGUGCCGGCGGGCGGCUGCCGACUCCGCGUCCGCGCCCCGCGGGCCGCCCGCGCCUCCGUCCUGGAUUUCGCGGCGAUCGCCCCGGUGGCUCUUCGCAAAGCUGCUUGAAACUUCUCCCAAACUCGACAUGGAUACGGCGGCGGCGGCGCUGCCCGCGGUCGCGGCGCUCCUGGUUCUCUCCCCAUGGCCUCUCCUGGGGUCGGCCCAAGGCCAGUUCUCCGCAGGUGGCUGUACUUUCGAUGAUGGUCCGGGGGCCUGCGACUACCACCAGGAUCUGUAUGAUGACUUUGAAUGGGUACAUGUGAGUGCACAAGAGCCCCAUUAUCUGCCCCCCGAGAUGCCACAAGGUUCCUAUAUGAUAGUGGACUCUUCAGAUCAUGACCCUGGAGAAAAAGCCAGACUUCAGUUGCCUACGAUGAAGGAGAAUGACACCCACUGCAUUGAUUUCAGUUACCUGUUAUACAGCCAGAAGGGGCUGAAUCCUGGCACCUUGAACAUACUAGUCAGGGUGAAUAAAGGACCUCUUGCCAAUCCGAUUUGGAAUGUGACUGGAUUCACGGGUAGAGAUUGGCUUCGGGCUGAGCUAGCAGUGAGCACCUUUUGGCCCAAUGAGUACCAGGUAAUAUUUGAAGCUGAAGUCUCAGGAGGAAGAAGUGGUUAUAUUGCCAUUGAUGACAUCCAAGUCCUGAGUUAUCCUUGUGAUAAGUCUCCUCACUUCCUCCGUCUGGGGGAUGUGGAGGUGAAUGCCGGUCAGAAUGCUACAUUUCAGUGCAUUGCCACAGGGAGAGACGCAGUGCAUAACAAGUUAUGGCUGCAGAGACGAAAUGGAGAAGAUAUACCUGUAGCCCAGACUAAGAAUAUCAAUCAUAGAAGAUUUGCGGCUUCGUUUAGAUUGCAGGAAGUGACAAAAACUGACCAGGAUUUGUAUCGCUGUGUAACUCAGUCAGAACGAGGCUCUGGAGUGUCCAAUUUUGCUCAACUUAUUGUGAGAGAACCACCAAGACCCAUUGCCCCUCCACAGCUGCUUGGUGUUGGGCCGACGUAUUUGCUAAUUCAGCUGAACGCCAACUCCAUCAUCGGGGAUGGCCCCAUCAUCCUGAAGGAAGUGGAGUACCGGAUGACGUCGGGGUCCUGGACAGAGACACAUGCCGUCAAUGCUCCAACCUAUAAACUAUGGCAUUUAGAUCCCGAUACUGAAUAUGAGAUCCGCGUCCUACUUACCAGACCUGGAGAAGGUGGAACAGGGCUUCCAGGGCCUCCUCUAAUCACCAGAACCAAAUGUGCAGAACCUAUGCGGACCCCAAAGACUUUGAAGAUUGCGGAAAUACAAGCAAGACGCAUUGCCGUGGACUGGGAGUCCUUGGGUUACAACAUUACUCGUUGCCACACUUUUAAUGUCACUAUCUGCUACCAUUACUUCCGUGGGCACAACGAGAGCAAGGCAGACUGUUUGGACAUGGACCCCAAAGCCCCCCAGCAUGUGGUGAGCCAUCUGCCACCCUAUACAAAUGUCAGCCUCAAGAUGAUCCUGACCAAUCCCGAGGGAAGGAAGGAGAGUGAAGAAACGAUUAUUCAAACCGACGAGGACGUGCCUGGUCCUGUACCAGUUAAAUCUCUUCAAGGAACAUCCUUCGAAAAUAAGAUCUUCUUGAACUGGAAAGAACCUUUGGAUCCAAAUGGAAUCAUCACUCAAUAUGAGGUCAGCUAUAGCAGCAUAAGAUCAUUUGAUCCUGCAGUCCCAGUGGCUGGACCUCCCCAGACUGUAUCAAAUUUAUGGAACAGUACACACCAUGUCUUUAUGCAUCUCCACCCUGGAACCACAUACCAGUUUUUCAUAAGAGCGAGCACAAUCAAAGGCUUUGGGCCUGCCACAGCCAUCAACGUGACCACCAAUAUCUCAGCUCCAACGUUACCUGACUAUGAAGGAGUUGAUGCCUCUCUCAAUGAAACUGCCACCACCAUCACAGUCUUGUUGAGACCAGCACAAGCCAAAGGUGCUCCUAUCAGCGCUUAUCAGAUUGUUGUGGAGGAGCUGCACCCACACCGCACCAGGCGAGAAGCAGGAGCCAUGGAGUGCUACCAGGUCCCUGUCACCUACCAAAGUGCCAUGAGCGGAGGCGCACCCUAUUACUUCGCUGCAGAACUCCCCCCAGGGAAUCUACCUGAGCCUGCCCCAUUCACAGUGGGUGACAACAGGACCUAUCAAGGCUUUUGGAACCCCCCUCUGGCUCCACGCAAAGGAUACAACAUCUAUUUCCAGGCAAUGAGCAGCGUGGAAAAGGAAACUAAAACCCAGUGUGUACGGAUUGCCACAAAAGCAGCAGCAACAGAAGAACCAGAGGUGAUCCCAGAUCCUGCCAAACAGACAGACAGAGUGGUGAAAAUAGCCGGCAUUAGUGCUGGGAUCCUGGUGUUCAUCCUCCUGCUCCUGGUGGUCGUGUUAGUUGUGAAGAAGAGCAAGCUUGCUAAAAAACGCAAAGAUGCCAUGGGGAACACCCGGCAGGAGAUGACUCACAUGGUGAACGCCAUGGAUCGAAGUUACGCUGAUCAGAGCACUUUGCAUGCAGAAGAUCCUCUUUCCAUCACCUUCAUGGACCAACAUAAUUUUAGUCCAAGAUACGAGAACCACAGCGCUACGGCAGAGUCCAGCCGCCUUCUAGACGUCCCUCGCUACCUGUGCGAGGGGACGGAAUCCCCUUACCAGACGGGGCAGCUGCACCCAGCCAUCAGGGUCGCUGACUUACUACAGCACAUUAAUCUGAUGAAGACAUCAGACAGCUAUGGGUUCAAAGAGGAAUACGAGAGCUUCUUUGAAGGGCAGUCAGCAUCUUGGGAUGUAGCUAAAAAAGAUCAAAAUAGAUCAAAAAACCGAUAUGGAAACAUCAUUGCAUACGAUCACUCCAGAGUUAUUUUGCAACCCGUCGAGGAUGAUCCAUCUUCAGAUUACAUCAAUGCCAAUUAUAUCGAUGGCUACCAGAGACCCAGCCACUACAUUGCAACCCAAGGCCCAGUUCAUGAAACAGUAUAUGAUUUCUGGAGAAUGAUCUGGCAAGAACAGUCCGCCUGCAUUGUGAUGGUUACAAAUUUAGUUGAGGUUGGCCGGGUUAAAUGCUAUAAAUACUGGCCUGAUGAUACCGAAGUUUAUGGUGACUUCAAAGUAACUUGUGUAGAAAUGGAACCACUUGCUGAAUAUGUUGUUCGGACAUUUACCCUAGAAAGGAGGGGAUACAAUGAAAUUCGUGAAGUUAAACAGUUCCACUUCACGGGCUGGCCUGACCACGGAGUCCCGUACCACGCCACGGGGCUUCUUUCCUUCAUCCGCCGCGUCAAGUUAUCCAAUCCUCCCAGUGCUGGCCCCAUUGUCGUACAUUGCAGUGCUGGUGCUGGAAGAACUGGCUGCUACAUUGUGAUUGAUAUCAUGCUGGACAUGGCUGAAAGGGAAGGUGUUGUUGACAUCUAUAACUGUGUCAAAGCCUUAAGAUCACGCCGUAUCAAUAUGGUCCAGACAGAAGAGCAGUAUAUUUUUAUUCAUGAUGCCAUUUUAGAAGCCUGCUUAUGUGGAGAAACUGCUAUACCAGUCUGUGAAUUUAAAGCUGCAUAUUUCGAUAUGAUUAGAAUAGACUCCCAGACCAAUUCCUCCCAUCUCAAAGAUGAAUUUCAGACUCUGAAUUCAGUCACCCCUCGACUACAAGCUGAAGACUGCAGUAUAGCGUGCCUGCCAAGGAACCAUGACAAGAACCGUUUCAUGGACAUGCUGCCCCCUGACAGAUGUCUGCCUUUCCUAAUUACAAUUGAUGGAGAGAGCAGUAACUACAUCAAUGCUGCUCUUAUGGAUAGCUACAGGCAGCCUGCUGCUUUCAUUGUCACACAAUACCCUCUGCCAAACACUGUGAAAGACUUCUGGAGAUUAGUGUAUGACUAUGGCUGUACCUCCAUUGUGAUGUUAAAUGAGGUGGACUUGUCCCAGGGCUGCCCUCAGUACUGGCCAGAGGAAGGGAUGCUACGAUACGGCCCUAUCCAAGUGGAAUGUAUGUCUUGUUCAAUGGAUUGUGAUGUGAUCAACCGGAUUUUUAGGAUAUGCAACCUAACAAGACCACAGGAAGGUUACCUGAUGGUGCAGCAGUUCCAGUAUCUAGGGUGGGCUUCUCAUCGGGAAGUGCCUGGCUCCAAACGGUCAUUUUUGAAACUGAUACUGCAGGUGGAGAAAUGGCAGGAGGAGUGCGAGGAGGGGGAAGGCCGGACCAUCAUCCACUGCCUAAACGGGGGCGGGCGAAGUGGCAUGUUUUGUGCUAUCGGCAUCGUUGUUGAAAUGGUGAAACGGCAAAAUGUCGUGGAUGUUUUCCACGCGGUGAAGACACUGAGGAACAGCAAGCCAAACAUGGUGGAAGCCCCGGAGCAGUACCGUUUCUGCUACGACGUAGCUUUGGAGUACCUGGAAUCAUCUUAGUCAGGGGAGACUUUUGAAGGAACAUCCACGCAGAAACACGUUCGUCUGUUGAGCCAGCAGCUGUCGUACCUGUUGUACUUGUGCAGAAAGAUUUUAAUGUGGGGGGUGGGAGACUUUUGCAUUUGAGAGGUAAAAGUAUUUUUCUUAUGAAGUUGUGUAUCUUAAUAAAAAAGGACUGACUUAGUUUCUAUGACUGUAUUAAAGCAUCCACAUUUCGUGCCGCACAAAUUAUAUUUAAUAAGAACCAGAUUCAAAGGCGACCUUCCCGGUGUUUGUCCAGUGACUGUGCAGCCUCUCCUUUCCCGGUUUCAGCCGAGCAGCUACUGCGUGUUGCAUGAAUCACUUCUUUCUAGGUGGCGUUUCUCUCGCUUUUUCAAAUGAAUCUUUAAAGGAAGAAGGAAGAAAAUCUGUGCAGAGUCCUGGUAAAGUUCCUUUUUUAUAUGUUUCCAGUGUAGCAGAUCGCUAUAUAAAUAUAUAAAUAUAUAUAACUGGCUUAUUUUCUUUUAAUGUGCAAUGAUGGCUGGAUCAUUUUAAGUUCUUUUUAGAAAAUAACAUAAGCCAAAGACUCAAGUGUAAAUAUGUCUAUAUGGAGAAAGCACAUUAUAUUUAUUGGUUACUUACAUUCCUUUUUUGAUGGCUAAGAUACUACCACCAACAUGAUCAUUUUUGUUUUUUCCUGAAGAAAGCGUUUUUCUUUAGCUAAAAUCAAUUGUAAACGAUUUUUUGUAGAUUAUUUUUUGUAUGUUUUAGUGUAACUAGAGGAUAAACUUUUUAUUCAUAAACCAGGAAACAAUGUUCUUUAUAGUGAUUCUCUUGUGUACAUGCUUGUGAAUUAAAUUGAUGUAAAACACCUUGGCAAUGGGGUCUUUUAAUAUAGGACCAAAUUGAAACAUUUUGCUGAAAAUGUAUAGUUUUUCACAGUUUCAUUAGGUAAAUAAUGGUUCGGUGAUCAUAUAUGAGAAAUGUACACAUCAAAUGGCCUUGCUGAUGACUUGCACAAUGUCGAAAUAGCCUUUAAGCAUCAUUUAAAUGUGAAAGGAAGCGAUCUUUUCAGCCUGUGGCUGAGCACGGGCUAAGAAAACCAGACGGCAACAUUGAUGCUUUCAGGGUCAAGUUUUAGCAAACUGUAAACUGUCAAGGUGAUGAAAUGUUUCUCUUGAUGUUUACCUGCACAAGCUUUGGGUUCUGACCGUAGACAGUGUGAAGAAAUCAAUGCCAGAUUCCUGUUUUGUGCAUUGUCUUGGGAUUCUCCAGUGAACCUUUUUAGAUGUGGUCUUGUUCACAUGCUCCAUGUAGCUGUAACUUCACAUCAUCAGCUUGCAGUUUGUUAUGGACUAAAGCAUUCCAGUGUCCUCUUUCUAGAUUGCCAGUUCAUGACAUGGUGCUUAUAAAGAUUUAAUUAAAGUAAGAAUGAAAUAAAGUUUUUAUAAUUACAACAG